AUGGCAACAACCACUUAUCCUUCGCCGUAUCCGGCGUAUACAGAGACAUAUCUCACCCCGGAAGGGUAUAUUCAAGGGGACAGCAGCAUUAACAGCAUGGCGUACUACGCUGGUGGCCCGGACCCGACGCAGUCCUGCGCUCCUGUCGCUCAACAGAUCCACCAUAAAGAUGCAAUUGAAGUUCAACAGUUUGACCCCAUGCCAGCGUACAAUUACUUCCCUCCAACAUCUCCUCCCCUCUACGAGCCCGCUGCUGGAAGCCUGGGCAUCAAUUACCAAGAUCCAAAAAUGCAAACUUUCUGCCAUGCAUUCGGCAAUGACUUCUCCUUUUACAACACCACCGCAAACAGUGGGAUGCCUCAAGGUUAUCACAUCGCCAUGCAAGGAUUUCCAGAGGCAGUGGAAGCUCGAGCAGCCAUAAAAAAGGAAAUACACACGCCACCAUCCAUGGUGCAACAGGCGCAGCCAGAUGCCCAACAAGCCAAAAAGAACAAAAGAAGGUCAAUGGCCUGCUGCUGA